AGUGGCGAUGUUCGCGGCGAGAGUGCAUCGAAGGCAAAACCGGAUCACUCGGAGGCAUCCUUUCUCGCCAGAUUGACCCAGUUGGCGAGAGCGUGCCAGCACAACUCUCGUCUAGCGGGAUUCAACCGCCACGUGCCACAGACGUCGUACCGGUGUCUCCAAGACGUCCACACAAGUUGAAGCAACACGUAAGCUGAAACACGAAAGCCAUGGCACCGUGCAGGUUGCUCGCAGGUUUUCUUCUGAUCGCUCUGGCUGCUGCACAGUACGAUGACGUGUUGAGCCGGACAAGACGCCAGGUGAAUGUCCAUGCCAUCCCGAAGACUUCCUUCAGCUGCGAAGACAAGCAACCGGGUGAAUACUAUGCCGACCCCGAAGUCAAAUGCCAGGUGUACCACAUCUGCGUACCAGGAUCCUUUGGACGUAUGACCAAGAUGAGCUUCGCCUGUCCCAACGGCACGCUCUUCAGCCAGGCUUCCAGAGUGUGCAACUCGGAAGACCGCGUCUACUGUCCCCUGUCGGAGAGGUUCUACGAAAACGUCAUGGGAGCCAUCGACACCGACCACGACGAGUACGUCAGCUCUCGUGGUGGAGCCGACUUCCACAACGUGGUGCACAACACCAUCGGGGGAGGAUACGUGGAAGCCGGAAGCAGGAGGAGCCCGGUGAGGCCCGUCCAAAACGAACCCGAGUACGAUUAUGUAGAUGAGACGACGACGACGACGCAAGCGCCCAGAAGGAGGGGACAUCAGCAAAGCAGUAGGAGGUUCCAGCCGCAACAGCAGCAAUCAGGCAGGAAUGUGCGACCACAGCCUCAAGCCCCAUCAAGGACCACCUCGACCACCACGACGACUACUACUACCACUACAACAGCACCUCCACGACCUUCUUUCCGCCCAUUCCGCCCACCUGCCACUCCCUUCCGUGGCCCUCAAGUUGCGCCACCGGCCCCACAAGCAGCUCCACUUCACGAGGCGCCCCUUCCACAAGCAGCUCCCGCGAGCAACCUGCCUCACUCCCCUCAAUUCCAUCCACAGCAGCCUGGUGGAUUUGCUUCUGGAACUCCCCCAGCUGGGCCACCUCCCCUUCCUCAGAACGUAUUCUCUCGGCCUGCCGCUACCCCACCAGUAGGGCCACCACCCCUCCCACCUAACGCAGUUCCAUCCAGCAACGAUGCAUCCCAGCCAGUCCUCAGGGUACCACAGCGUCCACAACUCCGAAGACCCGUCUUUACUACUACGACUACAACAACGCAAGCACCCUCAACCCCUCUCUAUGACUACUAUGACUAUGAAGAAGAACCAGCAGCUCAGACUCGUAACAAGAGAGCCGUCCCCGUGAAAGCUGUUGUGCUUCCAGUUGGCCACAAGGGAGAGAUCCCAGAAACCAGCUUCACUUGUCAAGACAAGAUAGCUGGGGGAGUCUACGCUGAUUCUGAAACUAACUGUGAGCUAUUCCACAUCUGCGUCCCUGUUGGAAAGGGUAAACUCUUAGACUAUGGUCUACUGUGUGAGGAAGGCACUGCGUUCAACCAAGAAACCGGAACAUGCGAUGAGAAGGACACCUUCUCCUGCGACCGCAGUCUCCAGCUCUCACAGACAGACAAGACCAAGGUUAUUCUUGCAGACAAGAAGCCGUGGAAGUUCCCCAAGACUUUGAAAAGGACAGUACGAGACGUAAAGGACACUGUCGAGAAUGAAACUCAAGAAUCAACACAAGAACCAAUUCCAGAAACUUCUUUCACAUGCAAGGACAAGAUCGUAGGAGGGUAUUACGCUGAUGUUGAGACCGACUGCAGGGUGUUCCACAUCUGUACGCAGAAGACAGCUGAGGGGGAAGUUGAAGACAUGCGUUUCCUCUGCACCAAUGGAACAGUAUUUGACCAGAAGAACCUGGUAUGCCAAAAGGCUGAGCUGGUCUCGUGCGAGAAGUCUCCAGAAUAUUACAACAGAGGGUUCCUUAGGUACCUUGAAGAUGAGAGACGGAGAGCAGACAUUGAAGAAGAAGAACAGAGCCGAGCGGAUGCCUUCAAAAUCACCAAGGUGAAGAGCCGGUACCCAAAGAAGGUGGGCGACUUGAAAAAGACUGUCUUUUUGAAGUACCCAAGCUAUGAAUGAACGAUGUGCAAUGAACUGAACGUGAGAGGGCCUUACGUAACAAAGAGACGGAGAAGUCACAGCGCAGAGUUAUAUUUUGUUUACUAUUUACAUGUUGCCACGCAAGGCUUGUUAUGCUGCAACAAUUUUUGUUUUGCAUUCAUCACUACAUCACCCCUGUUAUCACCGUACUUUUUGUCGAUUCUACAUUAGGUUUGACGUUGCUGGGUAAAACCUGAUUCCAUCACAUUCUAUUUUGGUUUUUAUCUGGUCAAAAUUUCCCAAGAUUAACUUUGCAGACUUUGCAAACUUUCACCCAAGACAAUUGCGCAACAAAACAUCUGUUACAACAGAUGUGUACCAUUCACAUGUAUUUUUGCACACACGUUUUUCACAUGUGCUUAGUAUAUACUUGGUCAGGUGCAAUGCUGACCAAAAGCACCUGUUUACUUAAAUCCAGUAAUACAGAAAUGCAUAAAUAGUGCCUCAAUUUCAUCUUGAAUUUGCAGAAGGCCUGAAGCAGUCAGAACCCAUUAAUACAGAGGAGGAGAACACAACACCUAUGUGAAAGAAUGGCUAAGAAGCAAGCGAGCUGGUGACCAGAAUACAUGAUGAAAAAGCCCAGAGGCUAGGGAGACGACGAGACUUAAUCUGUGUGUGUCCGUUUUAUGUCGUCUCCCUAGCCUGUUUUUUCUUUCUUUUAUCAUGUAACCUAUGUGAGAUUUGAUAAGUGCACUCUCAUGGCACAUGAUGUAUAAAUGCAUUACAACAUGUUCAGCACUUUCAAAUCUGCUGCAGAAUGAUCUAGAAGAACAGUUGCGGCAUAUUUCUGCGUUCAUUUCAAGCAAUCAUGCAAAAAAGCACAUUGUUGAUUGGAAUCACAUUCUAUUUUUUGCUGUAAACCCAUUCAAACUUUCUCACAUACGCCACAGCACGUCAGAGCUUUACAUUACACACCACCUGGAUGGAGAUCACAGCAUGUGUUGGGUAGAAAAAUUUAAACAGUGAUUUUGAAGUUAUCUCAUGAUCACUGUGCGAGUCACUUCAUCAGAUGCCAUCAUGUUACCUUGUUUUCAAUGUGUACUGCAGCAAUAAAAGUCUCUACGACUUCUUUUGCAGUUUA